AUGUCUUCGGUCGCGUUCCGCGUGUCGUUCCCGGCGCCUUCCGCGUCCUGCAGGGCGCAACAGAGGCGAGGCGAUGCGUCCACGUCCCGCGCGAGGGGUCCCGCGCGCGUCGCGCCGUCCACCGGCUCCCGCCGAGUGGAUAUAAAUCCCUCCGUGGGUGGAUACCGCUGCGGUGGGAGCGACCGGCGGGUCCGCAUAGCGCGAUGGGUUCCGCAUCGCAAGCGCGACGCCGCCGCGGACGACGCGAGCGCCGACGUGCGCGCGGCGGACUCUCCCAACGGAAAGGUGUCGACUUCCGACCCCGACGCCGCCGCCGCGCGCGCGACGGCGGAGUGGGAGGAGGCGCAGGAGAAGGUGGACAGAUUCUUCCUCGAGCCGGAGGCCGAUCCGGAAUCGACGCGCGCCGAGGCGAAGCGCCUCGUCGAGGAGCUCCUACUCGCCAAGGAGGCCGAGAUCCGACUGAAGAAGGAGAAGGAAGACAUCGCGGCGCGAGCCGCCGCGAACGAGGCGCUCCUCGCCGAGGAGACCCGGGCGCUCCUCGACCAGCAGCGGGUCGCGGUCCAGGAGAUCAUCGAAGAAGCCGAGUCGGAGGCGGAGGAUGCCGAACUCGACGAGCUACUCGCCACCGUCGAGGAGGAGGUGCGGGAGCUCGAGGAGGAACUCGCGGAAACGUUGGGCGCCGUGGAGACGGACGACGUCCUGCACGAGGUGGAAGAGGUCGCCACGGAAGCCGCCGCGUUCGUGGCGGAGCCCGAGGCGGCGAACGCGCUCGAGGGGGCGGCGGCGCCGUCCGCGGCCACCGACGUAGUCGCCCCGGGGAAGACCGAACCUCCCACGACGUUGGCCGAUCCGACGCCGACGAAGAAGCCGCGCAAGUGGGUCGUGGCGGACGUGAACCUCGCCGCGGCCGCCAAGGCUGCGGGCAUGGACGAGAAGAAAUUCGCAAAGAAAUUUGCCAAGAAGAUGAAGCGAAAGCGGCAGCUCCGCGCGGGCGACAAGCUCGCGUCCAUCUCGACCAAGUACCGCGCGUUCAACCAGGCCGAGUACCUCUUCGUCAGGCUGUCUCUGUUCAUGUCGAGCGGGUUCGUGCUGCUCGGCGUGUGCGCCACGCUCAUGCUGGGCUCGUUGCUGUUCACCAUGGGGGUCAAGGAGGUCAUCUUCGAGGGUGUCAUGGCGUGGGUGCACUUCAAUCCGGUGGAGCUGGUCACCGCGGCUGUCGGCGCGCUGGACAGGUUCUUGCUCGGCAUGGUGUGCCUGGUGUUCGGUCUCGGAUCGUUCGAGCUCUUCCUGUCCAGGACCAAGUUCAACCAGGGCGACCUGCAGAAGCCGGCGUGGCUCAGGAUCAGUAGCAUCGACGAUCUGGAGCACAAGGUUGGCCAGAUCAUCGUCGCGAUCAUGGUGGUGAACCUGCUGGAGAUGUCGCUGCACAUGAGCUACCACAAGCCGCUGGAGCUGGUGUACGCGGCGGCUUGCGCGCUGCUGAGCGCGGGGGCGCUGGCGGUGCUGCACUGGUCGCACGCGAACAAGCACGGCGACGACCACGGUAACGGGUCCCCGAGCUCGGCGCACUGA